AUGAAGUUCGCUCUCGCCACCCUCGUCCUCGCUGGCUCCGCUCUUGCGGCUCCCAAGCUUACUUCCCGCGAGCGCUUCGCCCGCCGCCUUGAGCGCCGCUCUGCCGGCCGCUCUUCGCAGCCCAAGAUCGCGUCUGAGGGCCUCGCGGCGCUCGCGACGAACAACUCCCACGUCGAGUACUCGUCCAACUGGGCAGGCGCUGUUCUCAGCAAGACCACGGCUACCUGGACCGCUGUUACCGGCACGUUCACCGUCCCGACGCCCAAGGCUCCCUCGGGCAGCACCACCGCCUACGCCUCCGCCUGGGUCGGCAUCGACGGUGACACCUGCGGCAACGCCAUCCUCCAGACCGGUGUCGACUUCAACGUCGAGAGCGGCCGCGUUUCGUACGAUGCUUGGUACGAGUGGUACCCCGACUACGCCUACGACUUCUCGGGCAUCAGCUUCUCGGCUGGCGACUCCGUCACCACCACCGUGAAGGCCACCUCCAAGACCGGUGGUACCGCUACCGUCAAGAACAACUCCAAGGGCACGUCCGUCACGCACACCUUCUCCGGCCAGCCCUCGCUCUGCGAGUACGACGCCGAGUGGAUCGUUGAGGACUUCGAGUCGAACGGUGGCCUCGUCCCCUUCGCCAACUUCGGCACCGUCACCUUCACCGGCGCGUCCGCGACCUCGUCUUCCGGCUCUGUUGGCCCCUCGGGCGCCACCAUCAUCGACAUCGAGCAGAGCAACAAGGUCCUCACCUCCUGCUCGGCUUCCUCGUCGUCGGUCACUUGCUCCUACGUCUAA